UUCAGUUGCAUCCCCAUGAGACUGAAGACAGACGCGUCGCGAGUAUCUUGUCAGUCCGGUUUACUUAAGUGUUUUUAAAACAAUUUUUUUGUGAAAACCUGUUUACAUCUUUAUCGGAAUCAAGGUAAAGAUCGAAGAUGAACAACGACGGGCUGCCGCUUUAUCCCUCGGAGUACGAGACGCAAGUGCAGAUCAAGAAGUUCAAUUCGAAAGGCCAGACCCCACCACAGGUGCAACAGAUGCCGGAGCAAGUACCAAUGGCGGUUACAGCCCCAGCGAAGCAGUUGCUGGGGCCAGAGAAUACGAUGACGACUUGUCAGUUCUGCCACGCGACCAUCAAGACUGCUGUCAAGUACACUACAACUUCCCGCACGCAUAUGGCUGCCGCGCUUUGGGGCAUGCUGUGUUGUUUGUGCUGCGUUCCGUACGGUUCUGAAUCAGCGAAAAACUCCGACCACUACUGCCCUAACUGCCAGAGAUACCUCGGCACCUAUGUUAAGUAGAUAGGUACAAGGACUUUACGCCUUUUAAAUGCUCUCUCUAUGUUAGUUAUAAGAGAUGUCAUAUUACGUAGUCAUUUAAGUCCACGUAAGCACAAUAUGUUCCAAAUAUAAGAUGUUGUAUUCGUCUUCUCGCCUGCUAAGGAAGAUUUCAAUGAUAUACGAACUCGUUGUUAAAUGUAUAGGUAACUUUCUCGCUAUCUUAUACACAUAGUAAAAAUAUGUACUAUGAAAUUUUAAUAUAUUAGAUAUAUUUACUUUUCAUAAAGCUUUUACGUAAUCGUGGGCGAUUUGUGAUAUUUAUGAAAAGGAAAAAAAGAACAGGAAGACGACUGAUUUUCAUGUAGCGUUGGCAUACAUAAGUUUAAAUAAGAUUUUUUUGGAAUGGAGGUCCAAUACCUGUUCAAAUCAAAACAUUCCGUAAAAAUGAUAUUAUUAUUAAAUGAUUCCUGUCAAAAAUAUAAAAGACGAAUUGUUUUUGCAUUUAUCCGCAUCUUAUGUUUUGCGUGCCAUAUCAUUUAAAAACUACAUUAUGAUAAUUCUGCUUUGAUGAUAUUUUUAUGAAUUUUAUGUAUGUACGUGAAUACAUAUUUAGUAAAGUUUUGACUGUUUUGCUUUUUUACAUGUUGUUGAAAAGUUAGAUUAUAAAGAAUAUGUUAAAUUGUAUUUGAGAACUUUCUCCAUUAUUUUUAGCAUAAUAAACCCAAUCAUCCGAAUAUUUUCAGUAUUUGUGUCAAUUUAUUUUUGUACUUAUUUUAAAUAAACCAUUUACUAUA